CCAGAUUUAGUUGUGGAGAGGAGAGCAAGACGAGAGCUUGGCGAUGGCUCUUGCGCUUCUCCCAACCCUUUCCUCCUCUUUCUCUCCGCCUUCAUCUCCCUACAUUCAUCGUCUUCCUCCCUUCACCGCCUCAUCCCCUGCUUCUUUUCACAUUGCUACCUCGCGAGGCAGUCUGAGCCGCACCCGCCCUCUCGAGGCCGUCUCGGGGAGCGGAGCCGGCCUCGUCGAGGCGCCAGCCGGUGGGAACGGGGACCCGAAGGAGAUUCUCGGAUCCUGCGCCACCUGGAAGUGGAAGGAGUUCGAUGUCAACUACCUUGUAAGAGGCGCGGGCCCUCCUCUCCUCCUCAUCCAUGGCUUCGGCGCCUCCAUCGGCCACUGGCGCAGGAAUAUUGGAGUAUUGUCAGAGAAUUAUACAGUGUAUGCUCUUGACUUGCUCGGAUUUGGUGCAUCCGAGAAGCCACCAGGUUUUUCAUACACAAUGGAAGGCUGGGCUCAGUUGAUUUUGGAUUUUUUGGACGAUAUUGUUCAAAAGCCUACUGUGCUUGUCGGAAAUUCAGUUGGAAGUCUUGCAUGUGUGAUUGCUGCUUCCGAAUCCACUGGAGGUCUAGUUCGAGGUCUUGUACUUUUAAACUGUGCUGGUGGCAUGAACAACAAGGCUAUUGUUGAUGAUUGGAGAAUCAAGCUGAUUUUGCCUUUGCUUUGGUUAUUUGACUUCUUACUGAAUCAGAGACCAAUUGCUUCAGCUCUUUUUGAUCGGGUUAAACAAAGGGAGACUCUUAAGAAUAUCUUACUUUCAGUUUAUGGAAACAAGGAGGCUGUUGAUUCUGAGUUGAUUGAGAUUAUCAAGGGACCAGCAGAUGAUGUCGGGGCUCUUGAUGCUUUUGUUUCUAUCAUCACUGGACCUCCAGGACCAAAUCCUGUGUCGUUGAUGCCAAAACUUUUGAUCCCGGUAUUGGUUUUAUGGGGCGAUCAGGAUCCAUUUACUCCUCUUGAUGGGCCAGUUGGAAAGUACUUUUCUUCUUUGCCCAAGGAAUUACCGAAUGUGCAACUGAUCGUUUUACCAAAAGUGGGUCACUGCCCUCAUGAUGACAGGCCAGAUUUGGUGCAUGAGAAGCUCCUCCCUUGGUUAGCUAGUCUUCCAUGUUAAAUGGAGGCAUUCACUGAUUGCUUAGCGCUUGGCGGCGAGCUCAAUUUCAGAGGACGUCAGAUAACAAGAAGCACAGCCACUUCUUUAUCUUGGUGCAUUGUUCCUGUUAUGUGAAUAUUUCUUGAAGAUGAUACCUUGAAUAUUGUUAAUACUAUCAGACUCUAGUCGUUAGCUUCAUCUGCUUUCAUUUGAAGAUCGUAGCAAGUUAGACUGCAAAAAAGAUUUUGCCUUUUUGUUAAAUGAUGUAUUUCCAUUGUUCAAGGGCAUUGAACGUAUGUACACCAGAGAGUCUGUAUCAACGUUUGAAUUCAACAAAAAAUCUUCCAUUAUUA